AAGGGGUGGGGCUAGAGAGCGGCGACCACCGGGCGGGAGUGAGAGAGACACCCAGCGUGAGGUGACCCGGGGCGGGUGACAGGAAGAGUGAGCGGUGACCCGGUUGGUGGUGAGAAGAUGCCGCGGGUGGUGCCCGACCAGAGGAGCAAGUUUGAGAACGAGGAAUUCUUCCGGAAACUGAGCCGGGAGUGUGAGAUCAAAUACACAGGAUUUCGAGACCGACCUCACGAGGAACGGCAGGCACGUUUUCAGAAUGCUUGCAGGGAUGGCCGUUCUGAAAUAGCAUUUGUGGCAACAGGAACCAAUCUUUCUCUGCAGUUCUUUCCAGCUAGUUGGCAAGGUGAGCCACGCCAGGCACCCACACGAGAUUAUGUGGACUUUGAGAGGGAGUCCAGCAAGGUAUACUUAAAGGCUCCAAUGAUCCUAAAUGGUGUCUGUGUCAUGUGGAAGGGAUGGAUUGACCUCCAGAGGUUGGAUGGCAUGGGAUGCCUAGAAUUCGAUGAGGAACGAGCGCAGCAGGAAGAUGCUCUGGCCCAGCAGGCGUUUGAGGAAGCUCGCAGGAGAACCCGAGAAUUUGAGGACAGAGAUCGCUCUCACCGGGAGGAAAUGGAGGUGAGAGUUUUACGACCACGCUGCCCUUAACUGGCUCGGCGACAGCAGGACCCCACUGUGGGUCUUGGAAGCGGGGAUGAUAUGAAACUCCGCUAAAUCCAAAGUCCUCAGCUUCCGAUCUCGGCCAUCUUCAGCACCAGGAGAAGAAAAGCCUGUGACAAUCUCCUGACAUCUGACCUGCCGGCCACCUGUCUCUACGCAUGCUCCCCACACCCUCAACAAACGGUUAAUGUCAGCCCGCUCUAUGCAAGCUCUAAGCCACAUGUGAUCUGCACACAGAUGGCUGUAGGGUCUUAUUAACGGUUUGAUGAUAGGUCAUGAUUUUUCUACAAAAUGUGUUUUUGGUAAAGAUGCUUCCUGCAUUGGAUGAUGUUGGAUAUGUAAAGUUGGCAAACUUUGGUUAUUUUCUGGUGAAUCCACAUGCCAUAAUGAGUAAUGCAUUCUGUAAAAUUGCAUGCAAAACCAUCUCCUGUAAAAGUUUGGCUUGACUCCAGUCCUUUCCAUCUCCUUAAACUGUCUAUUGGUUAACUAUAAUGGAGAGGCUGGAGCUGAACAUGACUUUUAUACAAAGUCAAUAUUUGUGUAUACCUUCACAUGCCUGUAUCUCUAGAUCUACACAUCAUUUUGAAAUGCAGUGUUUCUAGAUGGUAAUCUUGGCUUACACAGGUCUUUCUCAUAUAUGCUCAUUUUGAAUCAUCAACAGUUUGACUUGUUUACUGUAAGGUGUCACUCCACCUUUUUUUUCCCCCCUAGCUUUUGGCACAUUUUAAGGCAGGUUAGAACAAUAUUUGAUUUUAAACUAAGCAGGCAUUACAUCAUAUUUACAUUUUAUUAUUUUGUUGGCCAUUUAAUUAUUUAUGAGGUCCACAUAAGCAUCAUAUCUGAAUUGUAGCAAAUUUGAAUACAUUUCUUUGGGCACGGAAUGUUCAAAACUGGGUAUGCAUUGAAAAAAAAUAUGAUGGUUACCUUUUGCAAAACUUCUUCAGGCAAGCCACUAAAUACACAGUUGAAAUGCAUAUGCAUAUAUACCCAAGCAGUUCCUUGGUAAGCAAUUAAUCUUACUUUCAGUAGUCCAGUCUCCUCAUUGGACAGUGAAUCCAUACCUGUCCAGUGAGCAGGGGGGAGUAAUACUGAACUAGGAAGGGGCAGAGUGAUCUCACUGACUAGUGGAUAUCAGAAGAAUGGCAUUAAAGGAUAAGUUCACCUUUGGGAACAUAUUCUACCCGUUCUUUGGGUAGAACAUGCAACGUGGUUCCGCUCCUGCAGCCUCUGCCUGAUUCCCAUUCUAAUUGUGACAGCGGGGAUUCUGAAAAUGAAUGAAGUAUCGACAGCCUUUGCCGCUGACUGCUUGUAGUUCUCAAUUAACUACCAUGGACCUUGUGAGCGCUCUAGUAGUUAAUUUGCCCUGUCAUUCAGUAACUGCCUGCCCGUAUGGGGUAUGGGCAGACAGCUACAAAUGAUGCACAUUUCUUUUUUACUUGCAA